UCAAUUUCUUUUGUAUCUGUGCUAUGCUGCUAUGUGUUCGCGCCAUUCGCGCAAUAAAAUAGGAUUUAAUUUAUUUGCAAAUUCGCUCAAAUAGUAAAUAAGGUACUUCUUACACCCAGUACUCUGUUUUCUUAAUGUGUGUUGUAUUUUAGUAAGUAUAUUCGUCUCCGACAUUUGGGUUGUUGCUCCUCAAGCAACACAUUUUUGUUGGCCAAACCAUGACCCGAAGGAAAAGAACGCAGCGCACAUUUAAACUUCAGAAACAGCAGCAAACAGAAAAUGGUCCGAGAACAGCAGAGGGCUCGCAAGCAGAGGAACUUCAAGAGUCUUCAGUCAUUCAACCACAAGAGUGCCCCCUUAUCCAUGCUAAAACACCAGAGGUGACAUCAGCGCCGACUACCCCAACUGAAACAUUGCAAGUGCCAACAACUGAAGUGCGGGAGACAGAGAAGGACACUCUUUCCACAUUCGUAUGCCUGAACACUACAACUAUUGAGUUCCAGGAAAAUGCUGCAAUAACCAAUCCACAACAAAAUUCCAUGGACCAGGAUGACGACAGUUCAGAACUGAAGUCACCAAUACUUGGAUGCAGGCAAAGAAAAUCCAUCAGCCGCGUGAAACUUAAGAGCAGAAAUAAUGACGGGUCAAUAUCGAGCACCCAAGGCGAAGCUGCCAGCGAAGCGCAACUCGGCAGCAGUUCGGUUGACGACGCCCACAGUACGCCGCGGGACUCGCCGUUAAAUCUGGCAUGGGACUCGCCCAUAAAAGACAACUGUCAAGAGCAAGCGACCCCUCCCAACUUCCGGCCGAUUACGCCCGACAACCUGCCCCUUCCUGUGGACGAGAUGCUCUCUCCCGCCACGCAAAAGCAAAUCAGGACCACAAUAUGGGCCCUGUUCCCCAACGGGCCGCCGCCUCCGCCGCCCGUCCGCCCUAUGAGGAGGCCCAAGAAAGGCGAUCUGCCGUACAUUGUCUACUGUUCUGAGAGGUCUCCAGUACCCUCGCCUAAGGGCCUGAAUAUCUUCAGAGGAGACAAAUAUGGUAUCACCAGCAACACCAACUUAGACGAAGAUGAACAGUGCUCCCCAGGGAAAAUAGCUCGCCGAUGCCCCUACAGCAGCACCAGCACCGCCAAAUCUGCAUUUAAUCGGCAAACCAACGAGAUCUCUGACCGACUACAAUUAUACGCAAAAAUCGAUAGACUAGUCGGCAGAACUCCCAAGGAACAACCCGGUGGAUGUAUGAAGCGCUCGUUCAGCCCCCUCCCCAGCACAUCCACUGAUAACGAGACAAUCAUGAAGAAUGAUAAGCACUUUAGUGAAAGUUUGUACUGUGAUAAUUAUGAUAUUGAUGAAGAAGAGGAGUUACCCGAGGUUAUACUGGACUCAAAUACUGUAAAAAAGGACAAAAAUCGUAAAGAUUUAUCCUCGCCUUUAGUCAGUAAAGAUAUUAAUAAAGAAUUCAACAAUUAUUCUGAUAUCUCGAUAGAGCUAAAUGAAGAUACGUAUAACAAUAAUAAUGAGAUCGCUAUAGCGGACGAGUUCCGUGAAAUCGAUUUCGAUAAACUCCUGCCAAAGGAAAAAUUAUUUUACUACUCUGAUGAGGAUGAGGAUGUGCCAACUUUUUUUCCACUAACCCCGCCUUCGAAACCUUCGAACGACCUUUGUGCAACGACUUCCACUAACGUUGUUUGUGUCCAUGAUACCUGCACCACCAAUCUAUCGAAUCCCACCUACACGCAAGCUAAUUCAGUCACCUGCCCUGUGCUUCGAACGAGUAAUAAAAAUGCAACCGCUACUGAGACGAAACAUUCUGAUCUAGUCAUUGAAGUGCCAGACGUUUUAGAACCCAUAAAUAUGUCACGACACGCCCCCGCUAGAGCCCCGUCGUGGAACGAGGAUGUCCAGUUUGUUUCCGAAGAGAGGAUAGAAAGACCAAUAAACUCGACUGUGGACAACCAUGACGUUCAGUUCGUCUCCCGCAUUCCCGGCAGCCCCCCAACUAGCACUAGAGAUAUAAUGUCAGCAGCAAUGACCGAGCUGCAGCAGUACCUAUCAAAUCUCAACAACAUUUAUAGCAAGCGGAGAACGAAAAAGAAAAGCAAGAGGACAAAAUCGAAAGCAAACUUGUGCGUUCCCUGUAAUCUCGAAAAUGCUUUAGCAAUCAACGAUGAGAACACUGCACCUAUUAAUAAUGAGAACGCAUCAAACGUUAAUAAUGAAAACGCAGCAUCUUCAGUGAAUAACAUGCAGCAGUCAGACAGUUUGAAUGGCUCAUCGGACUCAGCACAGGGGAAGCAGAUUGGUGAAUGCCCAAUUUGCCUGGACAACUUAAGGAAAGGUUCCAUAGCUUCUACUAACUGUGGUCACGUCUUCUGCCUGGAUUGCAUUAAACAGUCGUUGAAGACCAGUAACAAGAGGUGUCCGACUUGCCGGAAACAACUCAGAGGCGUUGGUUACCACCAAGUCUUUCUGUAAUUUUAAUGUUUUAGCUUUGUCGUAAGCAUUCCAUGUGAUUUAAUAUUACUAGUUUACAUGUUGUACCUAAUUAUGAACAUAUCUGUACUGUACCUAAGACUGACUCAAGCUACUUCUUUUACAUCCAUUUAUGCUGCUAUCUAAUUGGUAGAAGUUAGGAUUUAUUUCUGAGUUUUAACUCUAUUCAGUACCUCUCGUCAGGGUUCUUGUCCAGUAGCAUCAAGGCUUAGGAUCAUUUAAAUUUCAUACUUUUUUAAGAAAUAAGUAUUUUCACAACUCAACACAAUUUUUAAAAAACCUGUUAUGUUGCCUUGGGUCAUUGAUGCAGUCAGCUGCAGAGAGAGGUGACCCUCCCUGCAUAGACUGAUUAUUUAUUGAUGUUUUGAUUUGAUAUGCAGGGGGCACCUCUGCAGCUGACUGUACCUACGUAUUUGUACGUUCAUAAUUGUUGAUUAUUUGUGCACUCAUAUAAUCAGGAGAAAAACGCUACGAAUCACAGCAUUUACUUAAAGUUGAUGUUAUAUUGUCUCUUUCUGAAUCUUUUGAACGCCAACGGUCGUUGAGUACUGUACCCCUAGUGUAACUAAAUUCGAUUUCCAAACGUGACGUACGCGUUUGCGUUUAGUCUCAUUUUGUAUUGGAUUUCGAAAGAGCGCGCCAAGCGGGACGUUUUGGAAACUCAAAAUCCUAUACAAAAUGAGACUUAACGCAAACGCGUUCGUCACGUUAUGAUGUCGAUCAAAGUUACACUAGGGGUACAGAUUAGUUAGUAUUAAAUAAUAUGAAGUGAGAUUAUUUCUACAAUGUAGAGGAGUGAAGGAUGUGAGGACUCGACAGUCUUAGAUAAUUAAUGUAUUCUGUAAACUUGCUCAACAUUGCUUACCAUGCCUAAUAUUGCCUUAACUUUUGCUUUGUCAUAAACAAAAACGUCACUGACACGUUUAGGGCAAGCAAGCAAAUGUGAACCUUGCUUGAAAAUGUUAAGGUUGUAUUGACAACGUCCGCCAUAACACAUAGUUGUCCUUGGCGCGGUGGGCACGACUAGUAGACGACUUUGUGUUCUUGAUGUUUAAAAGGUUAAUUAGGGGUAGUUGAAGCUACAUUUUAACUUCUAACUUAAUUACCUAGGUAAACAUACUAUAUUGAAAUAAUUAUACUUAGGUAUCAAACUGAGCUUUACUUACUUAACUUAUUAAAAUUAUAAUUGACCACAAGUUUUAUAAUAAUUUAAUAGCCUUAAAAACAGUGAUUUUCACGUCUUUCUUCCAAUUGUAAAGUUAAAAAAAAAAUUGGCAAGCACACUGUUGCCAAUAAUUCUUUGGUAGAGAUUUUUUUUUCUAGGCGACGUUUGGCAUGACAGGUAAGAUUGAGGAAGUUUACGGAACUCGGGGUCUCUUAUUAAUGUGUCAUUCAAUAUUCUCAUAAUCGAUAUGUGAUUUCUAUGAACGAUGUAAUUUUCCAUGUAAAUAUGUUCACUAAUACAUGUGUUUCGUUUGUUUGUCGGGCUGUAUAUGGCUUUCCUAUACAUAUAAAAAGGAAAUAUUUGUAGGUACGUGUAGUGUAAAACAUUACAGUAUUAUUUGCAAAUAUUAACUUUUUGAACGCUAGACGGCGAAGGAAUAUGCGAUGCCCCGGACGCCAUGCGAUUGCUAUUAUUUAAGCGAAAUUGAACUUUACGGAGUCCCGCGUAGUUAUUAUUAUUUAUUUAUAUUUAUUAAUUUAUAAUUAUUUUGGUUUCCUAUGUAAAAAAUUAUUGAUUUACAAUAAUUUCCAUUAUACUGAAACCAAUCUGUGUUAAAAAUAGGGAAAAGGUACAUAUUCAUUUAUAAUUAUUUUGAUUUCCUAUGUAAGAAAUUACCGAUUUAGGCUUUUUAAUUAGCAUUAGACAUCCGACUGAUGGCAAAAAGCGACUGAAGAUUUACCCACACUAAAAAAACUUGCUUAUCGUCGCCAGUCGGAUAGCUGCCUCCUAUAUUAUUUUAGGUGUUAAUGUAGACAAUUCUAUUUUUUGGAAUUUGUUUUGAAUUUUUUAUUUGUUUGUUGUUUGAAGAUUAAGCUCAAAGACACACGGAUACGAUUGGACACGCGAUUAAUGACAAAUUGUGACGUUACACUGGUAAAGGUACGUUAUGUCGGUCGGCGCGUUGUACAGUCAGCAUCAAAAGUAGCGGAUCAAAUAAGGUUUCAUAAGUAUCUACCCAUUCUGUAACAGCUUAACAAAAAGUGAUGUCUUUAAUAUAGAGCAACAAAGACUGUAAAAGAUAUACUUUCGAGCGUGAAUUUUAGAAAUUCAUCUUUAUUUGGAAAAGUUAUCCGGAAUAUCAGAUACUUUUGGCGCGUUGUUUCAUCCGUUACUUUUUAUGCUGACUGUACCACAUUAGUAUUGGAACUUCGAUGGGUUAAACGCUGACCGCCAUAAGGUACCUUUACCUUGGAACGUCACUAAUAGUUCCACCACCAGUUAGUUAGUUAGUUAAUAUUCAAUUACCACCACAAUUAUAAACGCUAUUGUUUACUAAAAAACAUUUUUUCUUAGGCUGCCUUUCCACUGAGGCGAAGAUGGGUGAUGAAUUAUUUUUGCUCCACUGGAUUAGCUAAGAAAGAUUAAAUCCGCUAUCUUUAUGCUUGAUCUUUGUAUCAAUCUUUAUUUUCGUUGGUAGUUUUUUAUAUUUUUGUUGAAUGAUUCAAAUGAAACCAAAUAUUUAAUUAUUGAGUAAUAUAUUUAUUUAACACAUUGUUGUUUAAUUAUUAAGUAACUCAACAAACACAAACAAGGUAUUGCUUAAAACUUCUAAACUAAAUGUUAUUAGGUUUCCGCAACUUCAACAUGUAUUUGUAAUUACUUGACCACUAUUCGUCCAAUCUAUUUCAAUUUUUCGCUAAAAGCCUAGGCCCAGUGAAGUGGGUCAUGAAUGUAAAGUACGAUUCCCACCGAACGGGCGGAGUCGGCCGCGUCGGAGGCGCAUUUCAAAUUUGUACGGCCGAAGCCGGUCGGCUCCUCGCGGACGGCUCCAGACGGACUCCUUCGCUUCUGCCAUACAUAAUGCAUAGGCACAUUGAAAAUGCGCUCCUACGCGGCCAGACUCCGCGAUAUCGGUGAGAAACGUUAAUUAAUAAUAAUCCACUAUUGGUGUUCAGUUAUCUACAAUACAAAAAAUAUAAUGUAUUCUAAAGCAGAUUUUCACUGGUACAGUCAGCGUUAUACAUGUUUAUAUGCUCCAAGAUUAUAGAAAUAAUUCAUCGAAAAAAAUACUAUUUAUUUUCGUAAAGAGCCAGUGCUCUUUACAGCGUUCACAGCAUGUAUAUGACGCUGACUGUACUUGAGACGAAUUAAUACUCGAUUUGGGCUGAUCUUAGAUUAAUUUAAAACAAUGUGAUUAUAAUUAAAGUCUAUAACCUGGCAAAAUUUACAUUUUAGAGCCCACCAUUAUUUAUUAUACUAUGAUUAUAGAUUAUAGAAAAGCAAGAAACCUAAGAUGUUUUAGUUAUAUUUUAUUACAGAAAAAAAAAACAUUACAGUGAUUACAUAAAUAUGUAAUAAAUGGGAUUAAACAUA